AUGGUUAAUAAUUAUAUAAUUGAUAAUACUACAGUAAUAGAAAGAAAUUUUUUACUUUUAACAAAUGUACGUUGUAUUGUAAAAUUUUAUAUAUGGCCAUUAUUUGCUUUAUUUGGUUUAACUGGUAAUUGUUUAUCAAUACUUGUUUUAACACGACGUCGUCUUAUACGAACAAGUACAAAUAAUUAUUUAACAAUAUUAGCUGCAUUUGAUUCAUGUUAUUUAAUAAUUACAUUGAUACUUAAUUUUGGUUCACAUCCAACAUUUUCUCAAAGUGCAUUCACACAAACAUUAUUAUUUCUUCUACGUCCUUUGGCUGAUUUUAGUUCAAAUACAGCAACAUGGUUAAUUGUUUGUUUCACUCUUGAACGCACAUUAGCUGUAGCAAAACCUAUUUAUGCUAAACGUACAUGUUCAGUACGACGAUCACGUCAUGUCAUAUGUACUUUAUUAAUAAUAUGUUUUUUAAUAACAUUACCAACUUAUUUUGAAAAUUAUUUCAUAAGUAAUAUAAAUGACGUUGAAAAUAGAAAUAUUACUUUUAACAUAACACAAAAUAUAAAUUUAACAAAACGAAAAGAAUUUUUUGUUAUAUUACAUCGUUCAUAUCUAGUAUUUAUUUGUGUUAUUAUUAUAUGGAUACCACUUAUUUUAGUUUGUAUCUGUAAUUCAAUUCUAAUAUGGUAUGUUCAUCAUUCUCGCCGUUUUAAUGGUUGUCUACAAUUAACAGCUGUCCACAACACAUUUCCUAAUUCAUCAGUAUUAUCAAUAAAUAAAUCUGACUAUUCGACAAAUAAUUAUCAUAAAACAUCAUUUUUAUGUACAUCAAAUAUUCCAUUAAAAAAUUCUUAUUCAUUUCCUUUACGCCGUCAUAGUCGUUCGUAUGUUCAAAAACGUAAAGUAACAAUUGUAUUAAUAUUUUGUUUAUUUGUUGCAUUAUUAUUAUGGACACCUCAAAGUUUAUCAUUAACAUAUGAAACAUUAAUUGAAAGUUAUUCGGAAAUGCCACCUGAACGUCGAACUAUAUUACUUAUAUUUAAUAAUUUUGCAAAUUUAUUUCUUUGUAUAAAUGCUUCAAUUGAUUUUAUACUUUAUUGUUUUCUAUCUGAAAAAUUUGCUCGUACAUGUCGACAAAUGAUUUGUCGUACAUGUUCAAAUGAUGAAGUAAAUUCUUGUCAACGUUCACGUAUAAUGUCACUUGAUCGUACAUCAUUUAUUUUAACAAAUUUAUCAAAUAAUCCUUAUCAACAACAAUUAAUAAAUAAUAGAAUAAAUAAUUAUGAUACACAAUUAUAUCAUAUUUAUCAUCAUUCAUUAACAAAUCAAAAAAAUAAAAAAUCGAAAAUAAAUUUUAUUCAAAGAUUAACAAAAAAUAAUCAAAUUGAUAAUCAAAUUUCUUAUCGCACAUCAUUAAUAGGAAAAAAGAAAAAAAGAUUUUCAAGUAUUUAA